AUGGCGGAUACCGCACCCACGAUUCCCUCCCUCAAAAUAUCCUUUAUCACCGCCCAAACAAACACCCUCUUCCAACCCCUCGCACCAUCACGGAUCUGGCGCCGAAACAACAAUGCGUCGAGCAACCCCAUUCCGGCGCGUAUUCUCGACGACGUCCUCUUCAACCUCAACCAAACGAUGCAACUACACUACCGACGUGUAUACCCUCCACAAGCGACCUAUAAUGUCGCCGAACAGAUCAGCAAUUUAUACUCUCGAAAUGCCGAAGAAAGAGUGAACAAGUUGAAGGAGUCGGAGAGCACAAUUGGACGAGAGCUGGACUUGGCUGCGGAUGAUGCGAUUGAAGAACUGCCUUCUUCGUGGCCGAUUGAGGCCGAUCUUGACAAGUAUCCUGAGGUUGCAGACCAAUAUGAAGCCAUUGUCCUGCGAUUAACGCAGCUGAGUGAAGAGCGGAGAAACGUUAGACUUCGUGUGGAAAAGCUACGACGGUUCAGAGACGCCGUUCAGCCGCUGUCCGCGACUAACGAGAGAAGUAUUCAGGAUAAUCUGAUCACACGGGAUGGACCAGUGGAAAAGGAACUGGAGAGAAUGAGAGUCUUGCUAGUAAGAGUGACGAGUCGCGUGGCUAAUUUGCCUUACUAG